AUGUCUUGCAGGUCGCUGAGCCUACUAGGCGAUCCCGGCUCUGGUAAGAAGACUCUUGUCGGAUGCCUCAUUUACAUGUGCGGACUUGAGCUGUCACAAUUGGAGGAACUUGAACGGAAAGGAAUUCACUAUGGGGACAUUAUGCCAUUCUAUGAGGGAAGAGGACAGCCUCUAUGUUUCCAUGCUCCAUCGGGCCUCUUUAGAGUCGAAAAGAGUCAAACGCCUGAUGUUGCUAUUUGGGUUGUUGAUGGCUCAGAUCCGUUAACCUGGGCCACAUCAGCUCAGAAACUAGCAGCUACGUUGUCAAACGGCGAGCUUCAACCACGUGAGAGGUUGGUAAUUGUGAUUAAUAAGAUGAACAGGGACUCGGUCAGCUGGUCCGAAAAGACAUUCAACGAUGCAGUCCACGUGUUCAAGGUUCUCGAUUUGAACGAGGGUACAUUCAUUGUUCCAGUUUCCGCUUUCAAAGGGCAGAAUGUACUUCCAGACUCAAAGGAGCCUUCAUGGGCAACCGGUCGAUCUCCACAGCGGUUUGGAGGAUUGGACGUGGUCUCGAGCGAUUGCUUAACACGUCUAUUGAGAUAA